AUGAGUACACAAGCAGGCCAAUCUAUAAAUUCUAUAGAUGAACAUGAUGUUGAUUUAAAGGAUUGGAUUAUUAGAGUUAAAAAGCUUCAAGAAGAGCGUGAUAGAGAAGAUGAAGAACGUAACAAGAAACUUGAAGAAGAAAUUUUGGCUGAAAGACGUGCUAGACAUGAACGAAGAGCGCAACGUGAGCUUUCCCUAUCUCCUGAUAGAUUAAGUCAUGUCUCUUCACCUGUAUCUCGGCAUUCUGAAUCUUCUUUUUCUACUCUAUUUAAAGAAAAAGAUCCUGUUGAUCGGAAUUUGCUAAAUUCACCUUCUCCUAAACGUAGUUCGACGAAAAAUGUUAAUGAACAUUUAAAGAAUGUUCACGAUAUAUUGGAGCAAAAAUAUGUUUUAGAUAGAACAUGUAAAAAGACAAAUGAUAUUCUAUCGGUACAAGAGAUGUCUUUGGGUAAUGAUAAUACUCGGAUGUAUUCUCAUAAUACCAUUUCUUUUCGAGACAAAAAGGAUUGUUUUUCUACAUCUUUUUUGCGCUCUAAAAAUAAUUCAUAUAUUUCCUCAUCAUUAGAGGCUGAAAGAUUAACUAAAAUGGAUUCUGGCAGUCUAGGAAAUAAUCAAACAUCUCCGCAUAAUCUUUCUAAUAAUUAUUCUUCUGAAGAUGCUAGUGUUUCUGGGACAGUAACAUCUAAUAUUCCUUUGGAAUCUAGUUCAAAAUCUUUAUAUUCUGAUACUUUAGUUUCAAAUAAAUUACUUGGAAGUGAUAUGCCAUCAUCAUUAUCGUCUAAUAAAAAUUUAUCUUUAAUAAUGAGUGAUAUCUCUAGAAACCAGUUUAAAGGAAGUUUUGUGCAAAGCGCAAUUAUGAAAAAUAAUGAUUCUCAUAAAUCACCAUCUAAAUUGUCUAGAAAUAGUUCUGUUUCUUCACAGAAAGAAUUAAGAACGGGUACAGAAUCACUAAUUAAAACUCCUAUUCCUCAAAAAAUAUCAAAUUUAAACAAAGAAACGAGUUCUUUGGAAGGUAAUAUAGCAUUUUCUGAGGAAAAGGAGAAUGUUUUUUCAAAAGCUAGUUCUAAAUUGGAUUUAGAAAAAUCACAUUAUAGUGUUUUGGAAAAUGCUAAAACAAGUAUUGAAAAUAAGACACUUUUAAAGAAUCAUGACGAUUUAACAUUUUUAAAAAAUGCAGAUUAUGAUAAUUCUCCUUUAAAACCUAUAUCUUUAGAAAUUGAGAAGUUAAAUGUUUCUCCUGCUUCAUGUCAUGAAUUUCAAAAUACAUUUAAUAAAUCAAAAAAUAAUUUUUUAGAUCAUUUUUCUACGCCUGAUUCUAUAUCUACUAGAGAUAUUUUAAGUUCUAGUUCUUAUAAAGAAAAAUUUGGAUCUUCGUUUUCUAAUUCUUCAAAAAUGGAUUCUUUUAAAGCAGGAAUACUUGACGUUAAAAACAAUUUAAGACCUUCUUCUAGGAUAUUAUCUCCUAAGCAUGAUCCUUUUAAAGACGGAAUUUUGAAUGCAAAAGAAUCACUUAGACCUCUCUCUGCAUCACCGCGAGAAAAAAUAGAUGUUUUCAGAGAACGUCUUUUAACUGCAAAAUCUUCUUUAGGAAAAUUAGGAAAUAAUAAUUGUCGAAUUCCUAUUAAUGAUUUUUCUCCUUUAGGGGCUAGAAAAUUAAAUCAUAUAAAUAAUACAUCUUCAAAUGCUUCCAAUGCAACUGUGGCUUCUUUACUUAAAAAAGGAUGUUCCAAACAAUUUUUAGACUCUCAGCAUAAUUUUCAUGAGAGUAGUACGAAUUUAAGGAAAAGUUUUCCACUUUCUCAAGAUUAUAGCUCAUUAUCUCAUUUAUCUAUGGAAUCGCACACUAUCAUAAAAGAUGACAACAAUAAAUUGACACAUAUUCCUAAAAAUCAUAUUAAAAGUCAUCAAAAAAAAAAUUCUAUAAAUUCAGUAAAAGCAUUUGAUAUGAGUACUUCUUUUCAGGAUCCGACUUCUAAACAAAUUUAUCAAGAUAACAAUAAAAUAGAUGAUAUAAAAUGGUCAAAUUUAAAUUUUAGUAGUACUUCGUUAAAAGAAGUCCAGCAAUAUUUUGAUGACAAAAUUGAUGAUAUUGGACCUUCUAACAAAAAUAGUAUUCAAUCUAAUUUGGAUUCUGAAUUAUUAACUAUAUCAUUUAAAGAUGAUAUAAAUAAUAAUUUUUUUAAUGAAAAAACUGAUACGGCAUCUACAGAUACACUUAUAGCGGCUUGGACUCAGGCUCUUAGUAAAGAAAAGUCUAAACGUUCUAAGCCGUCAAUUCAAGAAGUCUGGAGUGAUAAUAAAAAUAUUGCAAAACAAUCCAAUGAAAUUGAUGUUAAUUUAAGAAAUUAUGUAACUACGGAUUCUAAUUACGAUAUAAUGAAAUCAGGUUCAGAUUUUAUGGUUAAUAAUUCAAAAAUAAAAUCUUAA